AUGCGGAAACGAGGCAUUCCAGCUAAGUACAUUUCAUUUGUGAAAAACCUGCUCAGCAACCGUCGCACCGCCCUACGCUUUGACGACUAUGUCUCGCCGGCCAUUCAGGUCAUCAAUGGCAUCGGUCAAGGCGACCCGCUUUCCAUGAUCUUGUAUAUUCUCUACAACGCUGAUAUUCUCUCCAUCCCCAAGGUAGCCCAAAAGACAAAUGAAUACGUCCUCUCAUAUGUCGACGACACAGCCCUCUUGGCCAUUGGCCACUCCUUC